AUGAUGUCUUUUUCUCCCUCGCCCAUUUUCUCCGGUUCGUGGGACCAUCGCCCUGCUGUCUCAUCGCCGCUCUCUUCUUCACCUGUGCGCGCAUCAUCGCCACUCUCACCAAUUGACAGAAACGUGUGUCCGCAGCGCCAAAUUCAAUCUUCUCCCAUCAAGCCCCCAAAGUUCAAAUUCUCUUCGCGUCCCACUCGGCCAAACCCAGUGAACAAGAAGCGGGACGAGCUACACGAAGGAAGACGGAAGGUCUUCCUCCAGAAUGUGCGACAGAGCCGUGAAGACAAGGCCUGGCAACGUAGAGACAUAGAGGGACAGUUUCUAAAGACAAAUUAUCUUGCCGACCGAGGACAGCUGUCUCAUGACGCUCCUGACAUUACCGAGGCGGAUAUCGAGGACGCCAUGACUUUCUACCAAGAGCAACCUCCCAUUCCGGAACAAGACGAGGAUGAAAUCAUGAUGGAUGAGGAAGAGCAGCUCGAAGCGAUGUUUGCAUCCUAUGAGGAACAGCAACAGCGGAUGGCUUCUUCACAACGUCCACCCUCGCCUCCGCUAUCAGACGAAGACUAUGAUGAUGUCUUUGCCGAGCUCAUAGCGCAAGAACAAUUCAAACAAAAUGAGCCGCUCCGACUCCAAAACCAGAUCGAUACUUCUGGAGACAUUGAGAUGCAAUAA